CGCUACGUCACUUCCUUUAAACAAAAAUGGCGAUCGUUGCUGUUGCUGCUUGAAUGCUUCGUUUUGUUUGUUUUUGUUGUUGUUUGUGUGGCCUUUCGUCAACAUGAAGCUGCUUCCGGUUCCGCUCUAAUCCCCGCAGGUUCUGACGGUACCGAAGCUCUUUUCUCCAGACGUGAAAUUCUUUCUUUUUGUGUCUGCGGCUCCGUUUCCCUCAGACCGAAUGAUUCCUGUCAACAUUUGAAGUUUAUUAAGGGAAUGCGCGGGAAGCACGCGCGCUCAUAAACGCAGGAUGUUCCGGUUGUGUGGCGGGUUCUUCUGAUGGGAAUGUAGCGUGAGGCGCAUCUUUAUCAGCCAAUCACAGAGCAGCUCGAGACACCACAAGAGCAGAGGGUUGCUGAGGUAAAAUCAUAACGAACCUUCUCUGUGACAACACCUGGAACAGGUCCACCUGCACACCUGGAACAGGUCCACCUGAACACCUGGAACAGGUCCACCUGCACACCUGGAACAGGUCCACCUGCACACCUGGAACAGGUCCACCUGAACACCUGGAACAGGUCCACCUGCACACCUGGAACAGGUCCACCUGAACACCUGGAACAGGUCCACCUGCACACCUGGAACAGGUCCACCUGAACACCUGGAACAGGUUCCCCACCUCUCUGUUCUUCUGCAGCAGUCCAGGUCGCUCUGUUCUCCCUCCUUCAUGCUCAGAACCAAAUCUUGUUCACUUCAGUGGGAACGCAGGGGGACUUUCCACAGAGAGGAGGAGAACCAAACGGAGGAGGUGCUGUAAGCUCCGUGUGUUUGGAGGAGAACCAAACAGCCACAGCGAGAGUCCAAAGAAGCAGGAACCCUGAAGGAGUUUGGAAAUGCAUGCUGGGUAAAGGAGGAGCAGUGAGGAGCGGCAAGAACUCCUUCAGAGGUCUUCAGCAUGAGCAGCCGCCGGAAGAGGGCCCCCCCCGUGAGGGUGGACGAGGCGGCCAAACGGGGGCUGGACUGGGACAUGUUGGAGGACCGCAGGAAGGAGGUGGAAGAGGAGCAGACCCCAUCCUGCUCCCGGCCUUUCGGGGACCCUCGUGCCAGCAGUUCCUUCCCCAGCGGUGUAGAGGCUUUCUGCGCGCCCCCCCUCCGGGUUUCAGACCAGCGUCCCGGCCCGUCUGCGGACAGCGGCCCUUGCUCCGCCUCCUUGGCGCUGUCUGUCCUGCCGGCUCCGAGGCUCGCCCACGUCUGGAAGGCUCUCCUUGGGGAGUUCCGAGUGCGGCCGGCUCGGCCCCCACCCGACUGGGAGCAGACGGCGUUCACGCUGCGCCGGACAGGGGGGCAGCUCUGCCUCAGCUACAGCACCGAGGAGCAGCCGUGGAGCCCGGGGGGGGACAGCUGCCCCUCGGAGGCCGGCCUCAGCGGGAUCUCCCUGGAGGAGCUGGACUGGCUGCAGAGGAGGCGCGCGGUGCAGCUGCUCCACCAGGCGGACGCUCCGGCGUUCAAGGUGGGGAUCUACCUGUUGGAAUCCGGACUGGGACAUCCCGAGUUCCUCAGUGAGGGCAGCGCUCGUCUGAAAAAGGCCAACCAGCUCCUGCAGAAGUUAAUGGAGUAUUUUUACGACUUCAUCAUUCCAGAGGUUGUGGAGAACAGCGAGGAGGAGUGCGACACUGACCUGGAGAGGCAGAACGUGGAGGAGCUCUACGACUACGUCCGACACGUGCAUCAGAGCGAGAGCCAGCAGGCGGCGUGGGGCGUCCAGCACAAGGCUCUGAUCCCGGUGCUGAGGCUCUACCAGAGCCAGGCCGUCAACUGGAUGCUGAGGAGGGAGAAGCACAGGAGCUGUGCUCCGAAAGAUCCAUCGCUGCAUUUCCUCUGGAGGGAGCUGCUCACUUUGUGUGGAAAGAAGUUGUUUUACAAUCCUUUUACGGGCUGUUUAAUGCGGGAAUUCCCGCUGAGCGGGAUCGAGUGGCCCGGCGGGAUCCUGGCCGAUGAGAUGGGGCUGGGGAAGACGGUGGAGGUUCUGGCGCUCAUCCUGUCCCACAGCCGGCAGGACGUGGAGCAGGAGGCCCUCACCCUGCCGGCGGGAAAGACUGUGAAUUACUUUGUCCCUCCUCCUCCUCUGGAGAGGAAGGAGGCUCUACCCUGCAGGUCUGCCGUCCCGCCCAGAGUCAAAGUGUCCCAUCCCAGUACGUUGGCGAGCGUCUCACACCGCCCUCGCUGCCGACCCUCGCUGACGUUCUCCUGUGAAACUGCUUCUUCUGCAGCCGUGCGCGCCAUGCUGGUCACCGCCAUCAAGGAGAUGCGAUCUGGCAAAGGCGCCUCCAUCAACGCCGUCUUCACCUACAUCCGCGCCACGUACGGCUACGACCUCCUGAAGAACCGCAACCACAUCAAAAAGACUCUGGCCAAGCUGAUCAGCGAGGACAUGGUGGAGCAGGUCAAAGGUCGCGGGCUGGCAGGCUCCUUCCGGCUGGGAAAGAACCACAAAGAAACACAGAAAAUGUUAGCAGCCGCGUCCAGAUCCCAGACGUCCAAACACGCCGACAGCACGCCCAGGAAGACCUCGCAGAGACGGGCCAAGGAGAAGGCCGAAGCCGCUCUGCACAGCGCCCUCUCUGAAGACCUGACCGACGACUGCCCUGCUGCAGAGCGACCAGAGGGGCGGGCCGGAGCUCUUCGGGGGGAGGAGCCGUGUGCCGCGCUCCGCCCCCCUGCGGCCUCCGCGCAGACGCGUUCAGAGGAGAGCCGGGCAGACCUGCAAAGGAGGUCGAGUGUGGAGGAGGAGUCAGAGGGUGGAGGAGGAGCUGCAGAGCUGGGCUCGCAGGAGGAGACCCCCACCAGAGCGUCCAUCACCCCCUUCAACACCCCCGAUUACCGCUUCGAGUGCAUCUGCGGGGAGUUGGGCAUCGUGGACUGCAAGGCGCGCGUGCAGUGCAUGAACUGCCAGCUGUGGCAGCACGCCGACUGCGUCAACUACAAGGCGGAGAGCCGCUCCACCACGCCCUUCUACUGCCCCCACUGCCUGGUGGCCAUGACGCCCGUCUCCACCGGCGCCACGCUCAUCAUCUCCCCCAGCUCCAUCUGCCACCAGUGGGUGGAGGAGAUCAACCGGCACAUCAGGUCCGCCUCCCUGCGCGUGCUGGUGUACCAGGGCGUGAAGAAGCACGGCUUCAUCCAGCCGCACGUGCUGGCCCAGCAGGACGUGGUCAUCACCACCUACGACGUCCUGCGCUCCGAGCUCAACUACAUCGACAUCCCCCACAGCAACAGCAGAGACGGCCGCCGCUUCCGCAACCAGAAGCGCUACAUGGCCGUCCCCAGCCCUCUAGUGGCCGUGGAGUGGUGGCGCGUCUGUUUGGACGAGGCUCAGAUGGUGGAGUGUCCCACAGCCAAGGCGGCAGAGAUGGCGCUGCGUCUGGCGUCUGUCAACCGCUGGUGCGUCAGUGGGACGCCGGUCCAGAGAGGCCUGGAAGAUCUCUACGGCCUGGUGCUCUUCCUCGGGGUCGACCCGUACUGGGUGAAACACUGGUGGGACCAGCUGCUGUACCGGCCCUAUCGCCGUGGAAACACCGAGCCGCUCUACAGCGUCAUCGCUCAGAUUCUGUGGCGCUCGGCCAAGAAAGAUGUCAUCGAUCAGAUCCAGAUCCCCCCCCAGACGGAGGAGGUGCACUGGCUGCACUUCUCCCCCGUCGAGGGUCACUUCUAUCACCGCCAGCACGAGGUCUGCUCGCGGGACGCUCUGGUCAAACUCCGGAAGAUCUCCGACUGGAGCCUGAAGCUGGGGAGCCUGGACCGCCGCACCGUCGACAGCAUCCUGUAUCCGCUGCUGCGGCUGCGGCAGGCCUGCUGCCACCCCCAGGCUGUGAGGGGGGAGUUCCUGCCUCUGCAGAAAAGCACCAUGACGAUGGAGGAGCUCCUGAAGUCCCUGCAGAAGAAGUGCCGGGUGGAGUGUGAGGAGGCGCACAGACAGCUGGUGUGCGCUCUGAACGGUCUGGCUGGCAUCCACAUCAUCAGAGGUGACCCCUCGGCUCCGUCGCCUCAAGACCUCCUCUCUGUGCGGCGCUCCUCACGAGCCUCUCCUUCCUCUGCAGGCGAGUUUGUGGAGGCGGCAGAGAUGUACAGGGAGGUGCUGCGCUCCUCAGAGGAGCACAAAGACCGGCUGAAGACGGACUCCCUUCAGAGGCUUCACGCCACCCACAACCUGAUGGAGCUGCUGAGUGCAAAGCAUUCUGGGAUUCCCCCGACCCUGAGGGACGACCGGCUGAGCCAAGAGGCGGAGCAGCUGCGCCAACACUACAUGACCAAAUACGACUCGGAGGUGGCCGACGCCCAUCAGGCCCUGCAGCCGGUGCUGCAGAACAUCAAAGAGCUGAAACGGCAGGUCAAUCUGAGUUCUCCAUGGUGGCUGGAUGUAAUCCAGAGAGCCAACCGCUGCGCCACAGCCGACGAUCUGGUGUCGCGGGUCAAGAACGAGCUAACGUCCAGCUACAAGCAGCAGGCCAACAAGCUCUCCAUGGCAGAAAAGUUUCGUGACGCCUCCGGCCUGCAGUUUCUGCUCACCACACAAAUGCAGGACCUGCUGAAGUCGCAGCAGACGGUGCGAGAUGCAGUGAAGCGUCUGGAAGGUCCGGCGUCUAAGGAGGUCAUCGAGGAGGCCACCGUCUGCCACCUCCGGCCCAUGCGACUCCCCCUCAACAACUGCGUGUUCUGCAAAGCAGACGAGCUUUUCACCGACUACGAGUCCAAACUGUUCGCUCACACCGUGAAAGGUCAGACGGCCAUCUUUGAAGAAAUGAUCGAGGACGAAGAGGGGCUGAUGGACGACCGCCUCCCCACCACCAGCCGCGGCCUGUGGGCCGCCAGCGAGACCGAGCGCACCCUGAAGGCCAUCCUGUCAUUUGCCAAAAGCCGGCGCAUGGCCCCGGAGCUGGUGGAGGAGGGGAACACCUUCAUGGAUCUGUUUGAGAACUGGAAGAAGGAGUACAAGGUGCUGCACGAGUACUGGAUGGUGUUGCGUAACCACGUGUCGGCCAUCGACGAGCUGGGCAUGGCCACGGAAAGGCUGCGCGUGCGUCUGCCGGACGAGCCCAAACCCAAACUCCUGCACAUCAUCGAACCGCACGAGGUGGAGCAGAACCGGGUCAAGCUUCUGAACGACCAGGCGGUGGCCAAGUCUCAGCUGCAGAAGAAGCUGGGACAGUUUCUGUACCUCACCAACCUGGAGAAGUCCCAGGACAAGUCUACGGGCGGGCUGAACCCAGAACCAUGUCCCAUCUGUGCCCGGCCUCUGGGCCAGGAGUGGGCGGUGCUGACCUGCGGCCACUGCUUCUGCAACGAGUGCAUCUCCAUCAUCGUGGAGCAGUACAGCGUGGGCUCGCGGCGCCGAGCCAUCAAAUGUGCCAUCUGCAGGCAGACCACGUCCCACGCCGAAAUCUCCUACGUGUUCACCACGCAGUCCAGCAGCCAGGACCAAGACAUCCCUGUGAAGGGGAGCCACUCCACCAAGGUGGAGGCUGUGGUGAGGACGCUGAAGAGGAUCCAGAUACGGGAUCCCGGAGCCAAGUGUCUGGUCUUCUCCACGUGGCAGAGCGUUCUGGACAUCAUCGCCAAGGCCUUGUUCGACAACAGCCUGGAGUUCUCCCAAAUUAACGGGAUUCACAAGUUCCAGGAGAACCUGAGCUCCUUCAAGUACGAGGAGAAGAUCAACAUCCUCCUCCUCCCUCUCCACACCGGCUCCAACGGGCUGAACAUCAUCGAGGCGACCCACGUCCUGCUGGUGGAGCCCAUCCUGAACCCCGCCCACGAGCUCCAGGCCAUCGGCCGAGUCCACCGGAUCGGCCAGACCAAGCCGACGUUCGUCCACAGAUUCCUCAUCAAGUCCACCAUUGAGGAGCGGAUGCAGGCCAUGCUGAAGACGCAGGAAAAGAGUCACAGCAGCGCCGCCAUGAAGCACUCGGAGGCCGCCGUCCUGACCGUGGCCGACCUGGCGGACCUGUUCACCGAAGACGCAGAGGCUCUGGAGUGAAACCGUUUGAUGGACAGCAGCUGAGAGGAUGAGGACCAGCAGAACCGUCCCUGAAGGUUCUGGAGUCUCCGCGUGGACCCUGAGGAGCAGGACCAGAUCUGCUGCGUCAGAAUGACAGGCGUGACCCCGGCUGACCCCCGAGGACUGUUUCUAGCUCAGUUAGCUCGCUGCUCUUUAUUUAUUGAAUAAAUGGAGACACGUCUUUUACAAA